AUGGCUUACUCUUUGCUCAGAAUAAUCUUCGUUGCCCUAACUUUGGCAAUUUCAGCCACCUCUUCAUUAGGUCGCAGAGAGAAAUCCGAAAUCGAGAAAGACCUAAGAGAUCUCUGCUCCCAGACCAAUAGAACAAAAGAGUGCUGGUACGUCAUCAAAUCGGAGCUCAACAGAUUCACCGACGCCGACGGUAGCAAAGGCGUGGCUGGUGUCGUAAUCGACCUGGCAAUAGCAAAAGCCGGUGAAAUCCACGGCGAGCUUAACAAGCUAUACAGCGGUUCCACAGACGAGAACUUGAAAUUCAAGUAUAUGUCGUGCUCCAAAAACUACAACGACGCGAACCGAAACCUCGAAUUGGCGAAGAAAAUGGUGGAUACGAAUCAUAAUCGGUUUAUCACAGUCGAGAUCUAUGAUACUGUUCAGGAAUUGAGGAGCUGCAUGCUUGAAUUCACCAAGGAUUCGUUCGACCCGGCCCAUAUUAGCAACAUGAACAAGGAAUUCGGACUUUAUGUGGGAAUUGUAAAGGUUGCUACGAACCGUUUGCUCCAGGAAAAGCACCAGAAAUAA